AUGACUAAAGAAUACACAACAUUUGAUAACAUUACAUUAACUAAUGAUGAAGUACUAUAUUGUAGCUUUGGUAAUUGGCUGAAUAGAUUUAAACAAGAUAUGUAUGAUUAUAGGAUUAUCAAAAUGCCCACGGCUUUUAUAAGUUAUAUAUCAAGUGAUAGUAUUAAAUUACCACAAGAUCAAAGAAUUACCGUAUUACAACAUAAUAGUGAUAAUGAAUAUUCUGAUUGGGAAGAUGAAGAAGAGGAACGUAUAGACGUAUCACAAUUUCAAGAAUUUCAUGAUGAAGUAGUACAAGCUAUCAAAGAAUUUGGUAAAGUUAUCCCUAAAUUAAAUUGGUCAUCUCCAAAAGAUUCAAAAUGGAUUAUGCCAGGAAAUACAUUAAAAUGCGAUAACGUAAAUGAUGUAUAUUUGUUACUUAAUUCUUCCGAUCAUAUAGCUGAUGAUUUAGAUUAUCCUUUUUCAGCAACUAAUGAAGAUGCAAUACCGGUAGAAUAUGAUUUAAUAUUGAAAAAAUGGAUAGAUAUAAAUCCAGCAUUAGAAUUUAGACUUUUCAUAAAAGAUGAAAAGAUUUUGGGUGUUACACAACGAGAUUUACAACAUUAUCAAUUCUUACAAGAUAUUAAAGAACAAUUAAGGACUAAAAUACAUGAAUUUGUUUAUGAGAAAGUAAUACCCAAAAUGAAAUCACAAAAAUUUAUAUUGGAUAUUUAUAUACCCCGUCCAUUUAACAAAGUGUAUAUAAUUGAUAUCAAUCCAUUUUCAAGAAAAUCUGAUGAUUUAUUAUAUACAUGGAAUGAAUUAUUAAAAAUUGAUACUUCAAAAAUAAAUGAAAAUGAUUAUGAAUUUAGAUUGAUUACAGAAAAUAAUUUAGGUUCAUUUGCAAGAAAAGAAUAUAGUGAAAGUCAAGUGCCUAUUGAUGUUGUUGGUGCAUCUAUGGAUUCUGAAGCAAUGAUUGAAUUAGUUAAAUCAUCAAAAUUUGAAUAA